CCACACAGUCUUUCUGGUUAAAGACUGUCCUCUGCAGUGAGGGUUAGAGCUUCCUGCCCAUCUCCACUGUGAUCUCUGUCUCUCCAAGUCUCUGCUCAAGUGUGACAGCACAUAUUCAGCAGGAUGUCUAGUUUAAAGGAGAUAUGCAGUGGUUUGCCCCUGAACCCCUUGCCCCCUAACCGAGGAAGAGAUUCCAGAGUGCCACACGCACCUGUCCGGACCCCCAACCUCACAGCAGAGGAGGAGCGGCUGGCCUUGAGAAAUGCCUUACGUUAUUUCCCCCCUUCCCAUCAUGCAACACUAGCACCUGAAUUUGCUCAAGAGCUGCGGCAGUAUGGGCACAUCUACAUGUACCGCUUCUGCCCCGUGUUACCCAUGAGAGCUUACCCCAUAGAUCAGUAUCCAUGUCGCACUCGUCAAGCAGCCUCCAUCAUGCUCAUGAUCAUGAAUAACCUGGACCCAGCCGUUGCGCAGUUUCCACAGGAGCUCGUCACCUAUGGAGGAAAUGGGCAGGUGUUUAGUAACUGGGCCCAGUUCCGACUAGUGAUGCAUUACCUCAGUGAGAUGACGGAGGAGCAAACUCUGGUCAUGUACAGCGGUCAUCCCAUGGGCCUGUUCCCCAGCCUCCCGUCCUCGCCCCGUGCCAUCAUCACCAAUGGCAUGGUUAUUCCAAAUUAUUCCUCCAGAGAUCAGUAUGAAAAGAUGUUUGCUCUUGGUGUAUCAAUGUACGGUCAAAUGACUGCAGGAAGCUACUGCUACAUUGGGCCUCAAGGGAUUGUUCAUGGCACUAUGCUGACUGUGCUGAAUGCGGGCCGGAGGUACUUGGGCACUGAUGACUUGAGGGGCCGUGUCUUUGUGACCUCCGGGCUUGGGGGCAUGAGCGGAGCCCAGGCUAAAGCUGCCGUCAUCGCUGGUUGUGUGGGAGUCAUUGCAGAGGUGGAUGAAGCUCCUCUUAGAAAGAGACAUGAGCAGGGCUGGCUAAUGGAGGUCACUAGCAGCAUGGACCACUGCAUUAAGCGCAUCAGAGAGGCCAAGAGCACCAAGACUCCUCUUAGUCUGGGUUACCAUGGCAACAUUGUAGACCUAUGGGAGAGGCUGCUCUUAGAAUAUGAGAGGACAGGAGAGCUCCUGGUGGAUUUGGGUUCAGACCAGACCUCCCUUCACAACCCGUUCAGCGGGGGCUACUACCCGGUCCAGCUCAGCUUCCGCCAGGCCAACCAGCUCAUGAGCACCGAUCCCAGCCGCUUCCGCACCGUGGUCCACGAAAGCCUCCGUAGACAGGUAAAAGCCAUUAAUAAGCUGUCUGAAGCAGGCAUGUUCUUCUGGGACUACGGCAAUGCCUUUCUCCUGGAGGCUCAGAGAGCUGGAGCAGAUGUAGAGAAGAUGGGUGGCGGAGCGACUGAGUUCCGCUACCCGUCUUAUGUCCAGCACAUUAUGGGGGACAUUUUUUCACUGGGCUUUGGGCCUUUUCGCUGGGUGUGCACCUCUGGUGACCCCCAAGACCUUGCAACAACUGAUGAUAUUGCUACUACUGUCCUGGAGGAGAUUAGCGCCAAUGUGACUGAACAUAUCAGACAGCAGUACAGCGACAACAUCCGCUGGAUCAAAGAGGCUGGAAAACACAAGAUGGUGGUGGGAUCCCAAGCCAGAAUCCUCUACUCUGACCAGAGAGGCAGAGUCCGCAUUGCCCUGGCUAUCAACCAAGCUGUUGCUGAUGGAAGAGUUUCAGCGCCUGUGGUUAUCAGCAGAGACCAUCAUGAUGUCAGUGGCACAGACAGCCCCUUCAGAGAGACCUCCAAUGUGUAUGACGGAUCUGCCUUCUGUGCAGACAUGGCAGUCCAGAACUUUGUUGGUGAUGCAUUCAGGGGUGCCACAUGGGUAGCCCUGCACAAUGGUGGAGGAGUUGGCUGGGGUGAGGUGAUGAACGGAGGCUUUGGCCUGCUGCUGGAUGGCUCUGAGGAGGCAGCAAAGAGAGCCAGUCUGAUGCUCAACUGGGACGUCUCCAAUGGGGUGGCUCGUCGCUGCUGGUCUGGGAACUCAAACGCCUAUGAGACCAUCCAACGCACUAUGGAGGAAAACAGACAGCUUCGCGUCACCAUGCCCUUCCCUGUGCAGGAUGAGCAUGUGUUGGACCGGGCCCUGCAGGGCUAGCCAUGCCCUCAGUAUACUGUGAUAACCACUACUGCCUCACAGCAAAGGAAAUCUAUAGCUGUAAUCAUCUCACUAGAUAUAUCUGAACUGGGCACUAUCCUACAAAAGUAUACACUAAAAACAGCUAUGUGAAAUCAUUUGCUGCAUUUACUCAAAAAAAAAAAAAAAAAUCAUUUUGAAAAUGGGGCUACAAGUUAAUAGUUUCAUAGCACUGAUGUCAAAUAUGAAUUCAUACAAGGCAGAGUAUAAAGAUAAACUGUCACUUGGCUGUUGUAUCGGUUUGAUCUGUUAGAA